AUGAGCCGCCCGUCCUCCGCCGGACCCAGUGCUAACAAACCCUGCGGCAAGCAGCAGCACGCCCCGUCCCCCGCUGCUGCCCCCACUGCCGCCGCCACCAUCUCGGCUGCCGGCCCCGGCUCCUCCGCGCUACCCGCCGCGGCCGCCGUGAUCUCAGGCCCGGGAGGAGGCGGCGGCGGCGGGCCGGUCUCGCCUCAGCACCACGAGCUGACCUCGCUGUUCGAGUGCCCCGUCUGCUUCGACUAUGUGCUGCCCCCGAUCCUGCAGUGCCAGGCCGGGCAUCUGGUGUGCAAUCAAUGCCGGCAGAAACUGAGCUGCUGCCCCACGUGCAGGGGAUCCCUGACCCCAAGCAUCAGGAACCUGGCCAUGGAGAAAGUGGCCUCGGCUGUCCUCUUCCCCUGUAAGUAUGCCACUACAGGCUGUUCCCUGACACUCCACCAUACAGAAAAGCCGGAGCAUGAAGACAUCUGUGAAUACCGUCCCUACUCCUGUCCAUGUCCUGGUGCCUCCUGUAAAUGGCAGGGCUCUUUGGAAGCCGUGAUGUCCCACCUCAUGCACGCCCACAAAAGCAUUACCACCCUUCAGGGAGAAGACAUAGUCUUUCUCGCCACGGACAUUAACCUGCCAGGAGCUGUCGACUGGGUCAUGAUGCAAUCUUGCUUUGGUCACCAUUUCAUGCUGGUGUUGGAGAAACAGGAGAAGUACGAGGGUCACCAGCAGUUUUUUGCUAUUGUGUUGCUCAUUGGCACUCGCAAACAAGCAGAGAACUUUGCAUACCGACUGGAGCUGAAUGGUAACCGGCGCAGGCUGACCUGGGAGGCAACACCCCGCUCUAUUCACGAUGGGGUGGCUGCUGCCAUCAUGAACAGCGACUGUCUAGUUUUCGAUACAGCUAUAGCACAUCUUUUUGCAGACAAUGGAAAUCUUGGCAUCAAUGUGACUAUUUCUACGUGUUGUCCGUGAUUAUAUCCGUGUCGUAAGUGAAACCGAGGGUUGUCUGGGCAUAGUGCUUUACAUUCUUAAGGGUUUUUUAAAAUGAUCUUCAACUAUGUCUUCAUAUAUAUCUCUUAGGAUUCCUAAUUUAGCCAACAUUUUGUAACAACUUUCUCUUUGGGUU